CUAGUUGUGACACGUUUGGUGCACGCAUCACUAAACGCCGGUGGUAGAAAAAUCUAGAAACAUCUACCAGCACCGUUACCAGCUAGCAAAAUGGCGGGAAUGGCGCUGAACCCCAUCCAGAUCCUGAAGCAGCAGGCGGAGGAGGAGCGAGGAGAGACCGCUCGUCUGUCGUCCUUCGUCGGCGCCAUCGCGAUCGGCGAUCUCAUCAAGAGCACACUGGGACCAAAGGGCAUGGACAAGAUCCUUCAGUCCUCCAACCCAGCCCAUGAGCACAUCCAGGUGACCAAUGACGGAGCUACAAUCCUGAAGUCCAUUGGUGUGGACAACCCUGCAGCUAAGGUCCUCGUAGAAAUCUCCAAGGUCCAGGACGAUGAGGUAGGAGACGGGACCACGUCUGUGACCGUGCUGGCCUGCGAGCUGCUGAAGGAAGCGGAGAAGCUGGUUGCUCAGAAGAUCCAUCCUCAGACCAUCGUGGCAGGAUUCCGCAGAGCUACAGACGCAGCCAGGGCAGCGCUACAGGAUGCUUCACUGGACCAUGGUAAUGAACCAGACAAGUUCCGAGAGGAUCUGAUGAACAUCGCCCGGACCACCCUUGGCUCUAAGAUCCUCACUCAGUAUAAGGAACACUUCUCUAAGCUAUCUGUGGACGCUGUGCUAAGACUUAAGGGCUCCACUUCCCUUGACGCCAUUAAGAUCAUUAAGAUCCCAGGUGGUGGGUUGGUCGACUCAUACCUUGAUGAAGGGUUCCUGCUACAGAAGAAGCCAGGUGUGAACCAGCCCAAACGGGUGGAGAAUGCCCGAAUCCUCAUUGCUAACACGGCUAUGGACGCUGACAAGAUUAAGGUGUUUGGGUCUCGAGUGCGUGUGGACUCGGUUGCUAAGGUAGCAGAACUGGAGCUGGCUGAGAAAGAGAAAAUGAAGGAGAAAGUCGGGAGGAUCCUCAAGCACAACAUUAAUGUCUUCAUCAAUAGGCAACUGAUCUACAACUACCCAGAGCAGCUGUUUGCAGAUGCGGGUGUGAUGGCCAUCGAACAUGCAGACUUUGAGGGGGUGGAGAGACUGGCACUGGUCACAGGCGGAGAGAUUGUGUCCACAUUUGACAGUCCUGACCUGGUCAAGCUCGGCCGCUGUGACCUCAUCGAGGAGGUCAUGAUUGGUGAGGAGAAACUGCUGCACUUCUCAGGUGUUCCACUAGGCGAGGCGUGUACGGUGAUCCUGCGUGGCGCGACGCAGCAGAUUCUGGACGAAGCGGAGCGUUCCUUACACGACGCGCUGUGUGUGCUGUCACAGACUGUCAAGGAGACCAAGACCAUCUUUGGGGGAGGUUCGUCGGAGAUGCUGAUGGCACACGUGGUGUUCCAGCUGGCCCAGAAAACUCCCGGGAAGGAAGCCAUAGCCAUGGAGGCUUUCGGAAGGGCCCUCACUCAGCUGCCCACCAUCAUCGCUGACAACGCGGGGUAUGACAGCUCACAGCUGGUGUCUGAGCUCCGGGCCGCUCACGCAGAGGGCAAAAAAACCUACGGCAUCGAUAUGGAGACAGGACAGAUCGGUGACAUGCAGCAGCUGGGCAUCACGGAAUCUCUCAAGGUCAAACGUGCUGUCCUUCUCAGCGCAGCAGAGGCAGCCGAAAUGAUUCUCCGUGUGGAUGAUGUCAUCAAGGCAGCGCCCAGGCAACGACAACCAGAUCAUCCUCACUAGCGACAUGCAGGCUGCCCACCCCCAUCUCCAAAGUGAACUCAUCCGAAUGUUAAUUGUCACCCAUAAACUGUGGAAGACAUUUUUACAAAUCAUCCUACACUGAAGUACACAUCCUAAACCAUGGUGAAAUGGUGGUACUUAGGAAUACAACAAUCUUAUGCA